AUGGACAUCGCCUACAACCCCGCCCGCGCCUCGUGGGGUGCCGGGAUCCUCUCUCCGCUAUCCCCCAAUACCAUCGAGACUCUCGAGUCGCGGUCUCGAGACGUCCAAGAACGGACGUUCUGCAAAUGGCUGAACACCAAACUAGAAGCAAAUGGCCAUCCGCCCAUGGCGUCGCUGGUCCGGGAUCUGUCUGAUGGUGUCCGCUUGAUUCAGCUAAUGGAAAUCAUGGGCGACGUCUCCCUGGGACGUUAUAACAAGAAUCCAAGAAUGCGCGUGCAGAAGGCCGAGAACGUGAAUAAGGCGCUGGAGUUCAUUACAUCCCGAGGAGUGAAGCUUACAAACAUCGGGGCUGAAGACAUUGUUGACGGCGACCUGAAGCUCAUACUUGGUAUGAUCUGGACACUCAUCCUGCGAUUCACCAUUGCGGACAUCAGCGAAGAGGGUCUUUCGGCGAAGGAAGGUUUGCUCCUCUGGUGUCAGCGCAAGACCGCCCCAUACAAGGAGGUCGACGUCCAAAACUUCUCGUAUAGUUGGUCAGAUGGUCUUGCACUUUGCGCGCUGAUCCACGCCCAUCGUCCUGAUCUCAUCGACUAUGCCAAACUGGACAAGACGGACCGUCAUGGAAAUACGCGUCUGGCUUUUCAAGUCGCUCAAGACCAUCUUGGAAUACCUCAACUGCUCGAGGUUGCAGAUCUUUGCGACACGCAGAACCCGGAUGAACGUAGUGUCAUGACGUAUGUUGCCGGAUAUUUCCACGCGUUUUCGUCGAUGGAGCAAACAGAGACCGUGUCGCGACGCGUGGAGAAGUUCGCAGAACUCAUGCAGUCCAUCUGGAUGAGUCGAAAUGACUAUGAACGGCGCGUCAAGGUCCUGCUGCGGUCCAUGGAAGAUAUGCAGGAAGCUUGGGACGCCAAGAUCUUCGUUGGUACAUACGCCGACGCCGUGCAGCACACGGCGUCAUUCCAGACUUACAAGCAGACCACGAAACGACAAUGGGUUACAGAGAAGCAAGAUGUUGCCACCUUGUUUGGGAACGUGCAAACAAAGCUCAAGACUUAUGGUUUAAGGGAAUAUGUCCCUCCUCAAGGCCUUUCCUUGUUUGACGUUGAUGGAGCUUGGAACACUUUGCUGAAGGCGGAAGCUGCGCGGUCGCGUGCCAUCAAUGCCGAGAUUCGACAAAUCAAAGACAACCUCCGACGCAAAUAUGCAGACCUCGCGAACGACUUCGAACGCCGCCUACGACAGAUAUCCUCGGAACUGGUGUCCAUAGAAGGUCCCUUGGAAGAACAAGUGGAACAGAUCCGGGAGCUACAAACCCGCAUACCACCAAUCUCGUCUUCCCUACAAAUCGUUGUAGAGGCUGACGCGGAGUGUCAAGCUGCAAAAGUGGAUGAGAACGACUACACAGUUUUCACCGUAGAAGAUCUUCGGUUUGAGCUUGAACUUGUCUCACAAAGUGUCUCAAAGAAGAUCGCUUUCGUCGACAAUCAGAUCGUGUCACGCAAUAUGACCAAUUUGACUCCGGCGCAGCUCGAGCAGUUCGAGAGUACGUUCCGAUACUUUGAUAAAGACGAGUCAAAUACCCUCAGCCAGUCGGAAAUGACUGCGGCGUUGGCUAGCCUUGGCAUCGUGUAUUCCGACGAGGAUAUGGACUUGAUUUUCGACCAGCUCAUGGCGGACUACGGCGCGGUGACCUUCGAAGCGUUCAUCAACCUAUUGGUUGACAUCAUGGAGGAUCAGACAACGCCCGCACAGCUGCGCGAAUCAUUCAGAGGAAUUGCUGCGGACAAGCCGUAUGUCACGGAGCUUGAUCUCCGUGUAGCCAGCCUACCAGCGAGUGCGAUCGAAUUCCUCCGGCAAGCGAUGCCCUUGACACAGAAUGACAUCGGAGAACCCGAAUACGAUUACGAGAGCUGGAUAGAGGAAGUGUUUGAGCAGGAAGCACAGUGA